AUGUUUAGUGCUUUUUUCUGGAAGGUCCGGAAGCAGAAGCAAGUAUUACCAAAGGACAGAUUAGCAAGUGACGCAACUUUUGGUACAACCGCUGAAAAGGCUGCCCGUUCAUCGAUGACGCAAAAGGUGCAUCUCGAUGGAAAGGUAGCUAUUCGAAGCGACGUGGACAAUCCGGAGGAGAACAGCAGCAGUUACAAAUGCUUCAGGUUCAAGUACAGUGCAGUCAUACGAUCACAACAAAUAACUUUUUAUUCGUACUUUGCAUAA